UUGAGAGGCGAGUCGCCGGGCCGACGGCCACCGUGACGCAGCAGAACAGCGGCCGUUCGCGUGCUCUGCAGCUGCCAGACAGCCGCAGUUGGCACCACCGCCCAGCGUUGGCCGCUGUACGGCGGUUGAACGCAGAAGUGCACCCUGCUGUCGCCAUCAUGGGUCCGUCUCGCUCCGCCGGCGUGGCAGCGCUGCUUCUCUGUCUGGUGAUUGGUGGAGAGGCGGCCCGGAUCCUCAUGCUGGUUCCCAUUGGCGGAAAGUCGCAGAAGAACAUCUUCUACGGCCUCGCGUCCGGGCUGGUGGAGCGGGGUCACGAUGUAGUCUUCUUCAGCGGCUUCAAGCCUUCCACUCCCGUCAAGGGCGUUCGCGAGGUUGUGCCCGACGAGCUGGCGAGGAUCUUCUCCGAUGAAAAUCUGCCCAACAUGUUUAAGAUGAAUGAACGGGGCAUGCAAGCGGGUCUGAAGCAGUUCUUAACUUUCUUUUCGGAUGGACCUCGAGCGGCUUUGGAGAGCAAAGAACUUGACCAGCUUCUGAAAGAGAAAUUUGAUCUAGUCGUGUUUGGUGGGUUCUCAUACCCACUGUAUUUUGUCGCACAUGUCCUGAAGACUCCAUUCAUUAUCCUAGUUCCGGUUUCCUACUUCCCUAUCUUUAUGAGUCCUAUGGGAAAUCCGACUCUUCCGGCAAUAAUUCCAACACCAUUCGUCAUGAGCACGGAUAAAAUGACCUUCAUGACGCGUGUGAAGAACGUCAUGAGCCACUUCUUCUUGGAAAUUGUAUUCCGGAGAGGAUUUUCAUUCUACAGCGACCGUCUAAUCGCUGAGAAGUUCGGUCCCGGAGUGAUGCCUCCUGUGCUCGACAUAGAAAGAAACGCUAGUCUUCUGAUGCUCAGCAGCAACCCAGCUAUGGACUACCCGAAGGCCCUCCUUCCCAACACCAUUGAGGUUGGAGGCAUGCAUUGUGCUGAGCCGAAGCCACUGCCAAAGGAGUUGACCAGCUUCCUCGGUGACUCAGAAUUCAUCUUCUUCAGCUUGGGCUCGGUGGUGAGACCCCAAGACAUGUCUCCGGAGCAGAAGGCAUCCAUCCUCGCCGCACUCGGCAAGCUACCCUUCAAGGUUCUCCUCAAGUGGGACACAACGGACCGCGCUGGACUGCCCGCCAACAUCCUCCCCUCCAAGUGGCUUCCGCAGCAGGACAUCAUCGGCAGCAGCAAGUGCCGUCUCUUCGUCACCCACGGCGGUUUCGGCAGUCUGGUGGAGUCUGUGUGUCACGGUACACCCCUCCUUGUCCUCCCCGUAACUGGCGACCAGCAAGGCAACGCCAUUACCGCCGAAAGGCUCGGUAUGGGCGAAACCCUCACCUGGGACCGUCUGAAUGCCGACACCCUGAAAGCCUCCAUCGAGUCGGCCAUGUCUUCGGAACGCCUCGCAGCUGCGCGGUACCGACAGCGUCUGAUGAGGGAGCAGCCGGUUCCUCCGCGUCAUCUUGCAGUUCACUGGGCCGAGCAUGUCAUCCGGCACGGCGGCGCUCCGCAUCUCCAAUCCGUCGGCGCCGAGCUCAACUUCUUCCAGUACUACUCGCUGGACGUGCUGGCCUUCCUGCUGGCCGUACUGCUGCUGGCGCUGAAGCUGCUGGUUGCCAUGGUGAAGUGCUGCUGUCGAUGUGUGUGCGGACGGAAGGCCAGUCAGGAGCCUCCGAAAGAAAAGUCCAAGGGCAAGCGUGCUAAGAGUGAUUAUGUGCUGCUCGUGCGCACCACAGAGUGCUGCUCUUACACGCACAUCACACAGGCCAUUUCAUUUGCCGGGAUUCUGAACACCCUGGUUCAGCAGGCCUCCCAGUGGGUUCUGACCGACGUUCUGCUGAAGACCACCACCGAGAUUCUGCGGGAGGCCACCUCCGAGGUUCAGGCCUGGAAUGUUCGGCAGGGUCCGUCUCGCUCCGUCAGUGUGGCGGUGCUGCUCCUCUGUCUGGUGAUUGGCGGAGAGGCGGCCCGGAUACUCAUGCUGGUUCCCAUGGGCGGAAAGUCGCAGAAGAACAUCUUCUACGGCCUCGCCUCCGGUCUGGUGGAGCGAGGUCACGAUGUCGUCUUCUUCAACGGCUUCAAGCCUUCCACUCCCGUCAAGGGCGUUCGCGAGGUCGUGCCCGACGAGCUGGCGAGGAUCUUCUCCGAUGAAAAUCUGCCCAACAUGUUUAAGAUGAAUGAACGUGGCAUGCAAGCGGGUCUGAAGCAGUUCCAGACAUUCUUUUCGGAUGGACCUCGAGCGGCUUUGGAGAGCAAAGAACUUGACCAGCUUCUGAAAGAGAAGUUUGAUCUAGUCGUGUUUGGUGUGUUCUCAUACCCACUGUAUUUUGUUGCACAUGUCCUGAAGACCCCAUUCAUCAUCCUAGCUCCGGUCUCCUACUUUCAUAUCCUCAUGAGUCCGAUGGGGAAUCCGACUCUUCCGGCGAUAAUUCCAACACCAUUUGUCAUGAGCACGGAUAAAAUGACCUUCAUGACGCGUGUGAAAAACGUCAUGAGCCACUUCUUCUUGGAUAUUGUAUUCCGGAGAGUAUUUUCAUUCUACAGCGACCGUCUGAUCGCUGAGAAGUUCGGUCCCGGAGUGAUGCCUCCUGUGCUCGACAUAGAGAGAAACGCUAGUCUUCUGAUGCUCAGCAGCAACCCAGCUAUGGACUACCCGAAGGCCCUCCUUCCCAACACCAUUGAGGUUGGAGGCAUGCAUUGUGCUGAGCCGAAGCCACUGCCAAAGGAGUUGACCAGCUUCCUCGGUGACUCGGAAUUCAUCUUCUUCAGUUUGGGCUCGGUAGUGAGACCCCAAGACAUGUCUCCGGAGCAGAAGGCAUCCAUCCUCGCCGCACUCGGCAAGUUACCCUUCAAGGUUCUCCUCAAGUGGGACACAACGGACCGCGCUGGUCUGCCCGCCAACAUCCUCCCCUCCAAGUGGCUUCCGCAGCAGGACAUCAUCGGCAGCAGCAAGUGCCGACUCUUCGUCACCCACGGCGGUUUCGGCAGUCUGGUGGAGUCUGUAUGUCACGGUACACCCCUCCUUGUCCUCCCCGUAACUGGCGAUCAGCAAGGCAAUGCCAUCACCGCCGAGAGACUCGGCAUGGGCGAAACCCUCACCUGGGACCGUCUGAAUGCCGACACCCUGAAAGCCUCCAUCGAGUCGGCUAUGUCUUCGGAACGCCUCGCAGCUGCGCGUUACCGACAACGUCUGAUGAGGGAGCAGCCGGUUCCUCCGCGUCAUCUUGCUGUUCACUGGGCCGAGCAUGUCAUCCGGCACGGCGGCGCACCACAUCUCCAAUCCGUCGGCGCCGAGCUCAACUUCUUCCAGUACUACUCGCUGGACGUGCUGGCCUUCCUGCUGGCCGUGCUGCUGCUGGCGCUGAAGCUGCUGGUUGCCAUGGUGAAGUGCUGCUGUCGCUGUGUGUGCGGACGGAAGGCCAGUCAGGAGCCUCCGAAAGAGAAGUCCAAGGGCAAGCGUGCUAAGAGUGAUUAG